AUGAGCUUCACCCCCGGACAAGAGCAGUACCGACCUGCCUUUGACAAUAAGCCUACUCCGAAGAUCAGUUCGGGGCUGCCUUUCGAAGAAGCAUGCGCUAAACAUGUCGAACACACUUUCAAGGCUACGCGGGUCUUUAUCUUGGCUUCAAGAUCUUUAUCGAAGCAGACCGACUCGCUGGAAAGGCUGAAAGGUGCUUUGGACGCCCGUGUGGCCGGCUGCCGUAUCGGUAUAAGCCCGCAUACACCAAUCUCCGAAGUUGUUGAGGUCAUCGACGAGGUUAGAGAUCUUAAUAUCGACUGCCUCGUCACCCUUGGGGCAGGCAGUAUUACCGACGCUGCCAAAUUGCUCCGGUUUUCGAUUGCCAACUCGGCUUGGGAUGAGAAGGCAAUAAGCACCUUAUGGGGUGGUCACUCGUACAACCCCACCCGUCGUGAACACAUCAUCAAACCAAAAAUCCCAAUGAUUUGCAUACCGACUUCUCUUUCUGGGGGAGAAUACCAAGCCAUUGCAGGCGCAACGGAGACCUUGACCACACGAGCGAAAAGGACAUUUGAGCCGGGCGUCGAUCCAGAACUGGUCAUUCUUGACCCCGAACUGGCCAAAACCACUCCCCAAUGGGUGUGGCUGAGCACUGGAGUUAGAUCAAUUGACCACUGCGUUGAGACAGUAUGUAGCCUGCAGAGCACACCAGAAGGAGAUGCAGCAGCCAGCCGCGGACUGGGAAUGCUGGUUCCUGGACUUCUAAGAUCCAAAGCGAAUCCGGAUGACACGGAGGGCCGGUAUCUCUGCCAGCUUGGAGUGAUUCAGGCCAUGCAAGCAGUUUCUACAGGGACGCCAUUGGGUGCAAGCCAUGCAAUCGGACACCAAUUGGGACCUCUGGGAGUUGGACACGGCGAGACAAGCUGUAUUCUACUACCUGCGGUGUGCAAGUUCAACGCCGCAAAAGGAGCCAACAAUGACAGGCAAGCGAUGGUUCGGGAGCUGUUGUUGAGAUUAGCACCUGUCCAGGACGCGAUCAAAGCGAGGGAUCGGGUUGCGACAGACUUGGAUCUGGGUGACAUCCUUGACAUUGUGAUUCGAGAACUUGACAUGCCGCGAUCCCUACGUGCCGUCAACAUUGGCAGAGACAAAUUCGAUCUGCUCGCAGUAAACAGCUUGCAUGAUCUGUGGAUCAAGACAAAUGCCUUUCCAAUCACGGAAAAGGAUCAAGUGUUGGAAAUUCUCAACAUGGUUGCAGAGUGA